CUCUCAUAUCUCGUCCAGAUCUACCUCCAGGUACAAUUCGAAGUGUGAAGAUAUAAGUAUGGUGAUGGGCUGAAUGGUUCUUUUGGCCUCUGGAAUAGGAACAGACCUCCAAUCUCAGUUUUGGUUGCUCUUGACUUGUUCCAAUCUAAUGUUUGAGAUAGUUGGAGGGUUGAUCCGAUUCCAUCAGUUUUGGCUGCUCUUGACUUGUAGCAAUUCUUCAUCCAUAUUCCUUUGUAUCAUGAUUGUUUUCGUAUUGCUACACUGUACAAUGUUUGGCUAAAUGAAUUUUUAUACAAAUUUUUCAUGGUUUGUGUUAAUAUAUCUGGGAUUGCUGUAACAAAAUUUACUGGUUAUUAUUGUAAUAGUUACAUUAAUUUGGUUAUUGAAGCCAGUCUAUUCAAU